UCCAAAGUACACACUACAAACUUUCUUUAAAGAAAGGAAUAUUAACUUACGUUUGCCAUGUCAGCUGCACACAACAACUGCACGCAACUCUCUCACUUAACGACUUCGCCGUGUCGUUAAGCAUUAAUUUACGCCAUUUUCGUGUUGCACAUGUAUGUUUAUGAUGUAAAUAGUUUUUAGCAUCGUUGGAUAACAUUGACAGUCCAACUGAAUAUAAAAGAGGGCUUUUUUCACCCCCACAAAAGCUUUGGGAGCAAAAUUUUAUAAUGGUACAAAAUUUGACAGAACACCGGUCCGUGAAAAAACAAAAGACUCAAAUCACACCGGUCCGUGGUGCAAAAAAGCCCCUGGCCUUGACCUUACAGCCUCAUCCCACUUCUGAAAGCGUACCGAGACCCAAGAUUUUUGAGCGGACCGCAGAGUUCGGUUGUUUGGUCCGAACUAGAGUUCAGAUGCACGUUCACAUUUACAAAAUGAAGCGGACUGUCUGAGAAAAAGAACUGUGGUGCAUUUAAAAAGGACCAAACAGUGAUAGUGUGAAAGCGCCCUUAAGUGCUAGUCACAUUAUCUGUUCGAAAAAUAAUUUUGAUCCAAUAUGAAAUACUCUGAUUCUUGUUCAUUUCAUUCCUUUUUGUUGUAUGUUUUAUUGCUUUACAACUUUUAUAGACAACAUUUUACCGGCUAGGUCUUUACUUUAAAUUCAUAUAAUGGAAAGACAAUUACAUGCAAUAACAUUUUUCGGCCACUAGAGGGGGCACUGUCCCGCCUGCCUCCCCACAAUCCUCGUGUAUGAUUUUAGGGCAUUUACAAGUUACUUUUUGAUUCGGAGUCAAUUCAUAUUCAUUUGGGGAAAUUCUCAAGUCACUUCCUGCUAAGAAACCCAAAAUCAACAGAAAGUGACCUGUAAACGCCUCAAAAUCAACAGGUAGCGACCCGUAGAUGCCUCAAAUGGAAAAUGAGGUGACUGAAAAUCAACAGAAAAUGAUGUCAAAUGAACUCAUUGCCUGGCAUUGGCUGCCACUUACAGCCAUAGACGUCCAAUCAGUUUAAAGUGCGAAGGACUGCUGCUACUGCGAGUUGGUUAUAUCAAUAAGUUAACUAUGUCCAUAAAAUAAAGUUUUAAAAAAUUGUUUGUGCUCAUAUAAAAAUGUAUAUUGAUUUAUAAAAUUCUUGUCUUGUAUAUCCCAAGUCUACACAAUCAUUUACUUUACUUUUACAGCCCCAGAACUCAUCUAAAGUGGCCCGAAUUCAUUUCUGGUCACACAAAUUAUCCUAUUUGAAAAUUUAACAUUCUUUUAAUCCAUAAAUCUCAAUUAACAAUGAUUUUUAACUUGCAAAUCAGUGCAGACUUUCUCUGAGCGUCCCUGAAUGCCCCGUUGCCUAGCAACCGAGUAGUACACUCAACUUUUUUUCAGGCUGUACUUUUUUUUCUUCUUCUCACCAUGCCUAAAAAGAAGGAGAAAAAACAAGAGGAUGACAGAAAAAAGCAGAGUCAAGUCAUUCCCGUCCAACAAGAAGAUCCCGGAGAUAAAGAGAAGAACUUGUAUCUGCUGCAAAUCCGCUUUUUGAACGAGGAGCUUGAAAGACAGCAGCUGAAAUGCCAGCGCCUGGAGAAGGAGAAGACGCGGCUGGAGCGUCGGUGCGUCUCCUUGGAGACGGAGCAGAAAGACACGGUGGAGUACCUGAAGAUGGAGCUGCUGAACAAGGAGGACGAGUUGGAGCGGCUGACAGAAAAGCUCGACCAAAGUCUGCGGGAAGCUCAGGCGGACCAAGAAGUUCUCAAGCAGCAGAUGGAGGAGGAGAUCCGGGAAGUUCGGGAACACGUCCGCCGCCUGGAGGGCGACAACGCAAGCCUAACGGUUAGGCUGAUGUUGGUAGAGACCUUCGAGAAGCAGAAAGAUCAGCUGAUGUCUGACAUGGCAGCUGUACAAAAGAAGCUCGCCGACCGGGAAGAGGCGCAUGCUGACGUCCUUCGAGCCGCCGAGAUGAAGGCCCAAAUGGAAAAGAGCAGGCUAGAGAAGGCACUUGAAAUGGCAGCAGCGGACGCAGCAUCAGAGGUGGAUCGUCUGGUGGAGCUAAAGCUGCCCGAGGCCAGCAGGCGGGUGGCGCUAGAGAACCGGGAAGUGACGGCGCGUUAUGCCCAGCUCUCCGAGAGGGCUCUCCUGCUGGCCCGGGAAAACCAUGCCCUCAGGCAGCAGAGGAGCCGCGCGGCGGCCGACGUGGCUGUCCUCGAAGAAACCGUGGCCAAAUUGGCCAGACGCAGCUGCGUCCGCAAGAAGGUGGCAGAGCAGCUGGAGGCCGACCUGACGGAGCGCGGUAACGACCUGGAACAACUUCGGAGCCAACUGGACCAAUCUCGCACUGAGCUGGAAGCACUCAGAAAAAGCGACGCCUGGACAUUCGGUCAUUUGGAGGCAGAACUACAUGAGGCAAGGAAUAGGAUUGGCCAGCUGAAGGAAGCCGUAGACGCCCUCAGACCUUCGCUUUCGGAUGAAGAUAUGCUCCAUUGGAAGCAGCAGGUUCAGAAGCUCCUCGUCAGCGCCACCUGCCCGGCUAUCGACAGGACGGGAAGCGCGCAGUGUGCCCGACCCACUCAGAAAGCAAAACGUGUGCCAUCACGCAGGUUUGUGAUCUCAAAAUUUGACAUUUACAACAAAGCAAAAAAACUUUCAUCGGUUUUUCCAAUGUUAUCACUGUUUUCAACACGUAGGAGAACCAAACAGACCACCACUGGCAUCGUCAGAGUCAACCCAUCCAGCGCAAAAAACGCAAUAAAACAUUAAUACAAUAAAAAUGAGUUUUUAAAGGGUGAAUUUAUUGGCCGACAUUGACGGCAAUAGAACGCCUGUUUGGUCGGUGGCCUUACACACCAAAUUGCAUAGGACCGGCCCUCUAUGUAACCAUGCCGAUAUCAUUGAAGAUAAAUGUUCUUUUGGUCAAUAGUUUGGUCACUUGUUAGGCGAAAGUCCGAAAUAAAUUAAUACUUCGAGUCUUCAAUGUCUAACUCCAAAACACGAAAAGCUUUUUGACCAUACUGACAGCCCCCCUUUUGCCGUCAAUGGCACUGAAACAAGCAUACGUGCACUUUAACGUUUAUUGAUUCAUGAUGACAUCGUCACACAAAAAGGAGUCAAUUUCAUUGACAACAAAAGAUCAAUUCGGAAACAAUAAUAGGCUAACGUACCAUAUGUACAAAGAAACUGUGGAUGUGCUUUAAAAACUAGACUUUGAUAAAUACUUUAACGACUUCAUAUGAUCCUUAUAUGCGCUCAUACUAAAAAAUACUGCCGUUUUUUUCUUUUUAAA